GGUGGCGGACGCCACGUGGACGAUGUCCCUGCGCCACGUGCUGGUGGCGGCAGCGGUGCCCGUGCCGGCCGAGGUGGACCGCGAGGCUCGUUGCCAGCCGUUCGUGCACCAGCUGCUGCGGUGGGACCGCGUCGUCAGCAGGGUGUUCGGCCACGUCCGGGUCACCUCCGGCAGACGCGACUCCCGGGAUGCAGGGACCCCGUUAGCCGCGGAAGACCUGGCAAGGUCACCUCGCAUGAAGAAGAUGUCUGUACCGGCUCGGCUGCCUGACCUGCUGCAGAUGACCGCCGAGGAGCGGGGCCCCAGCCCGCCGCCGGGACCGGCCGCGCCAGCCGCUGCUGAUCUCUCCACCGCGCUGCAGCGUCGCCUGGCGCACAUCCAGCGCCGCGCCUGA